AUGUUGCAACUUCUUUCCGGCGUAGGAUUCUUGCACGGGAUGGGCAUAAUACACCGCGACGUCAAACUUCCGAAUCAACUUGUUCGACAAGACUUUCCAUGGUGGACCGCUUUAGGCGAUCUCGGCUCAGCAAAGCGACUUGCUAAGGGGCGCCUUCUGACUGACGAAGUGACUAGGUCGAUGGUCGGCACGAGGCAGUACAUAGCGCCCGAAGUUGUACUUGAUCCCCUCGGCUACGGCUCAGAAGCCGACUCAUACUCAUGCGGGGUUGUGCUAUUUGCAAUGCUCCAAGGUGACCCUAGUGUCCCUAUCUACCAAUUCGCACAUGUACCCGACACUCUUAAAGAGUUUGUCGAGCAUCGGGUCAUUCAGUGGGACAACAUCCAUCACCGCCAGUUACAGCUCACGUCCGAAGGCCAACAAGUGUUGGAGUUACUCCGAGGGCUCCUUCAUGAGGAUCCACGCAGGCGCUGGACCGUCAACUUCGCUCUUCAAUCAAAAUGGAUACGCAAAGCGCCUAUCAUCGGCCCUCAGGACCUUCACAGCAAGCCCACGCGACCGGGUACGCCACCUCCGGUUGUAACGGGAGCGUCGCCGGCGCUUCCCGCCACGCGUGAUCACGAGGUACCCCGUCCUAUGGAAGUGCGUCCCGUCCGACCCAGACCGCGUAACGUCAAUCGCCCACCCAAUAACGCCCCUGCGCCGGAAGGAUACCAACCUGUGCCAUCUGCGCGGCCUCUGCUUCCAGAGUCGGCUAUGAGGAAUUCCCCUGGGGUGAUCUCUGGUGUAGUAGACGAGCUUGCUCGCCUUCAUCUUGAGAAUGUAAAGCCCGAUGCGGAGCCUGCAUCGCAAGCCCUGACUGUCAAUGCACAGCAGGCCCUGGCCGUCAAUGUGCAUCCCCCGAGGCUGCGUCCAGAUGCACGGCAGGAUAUCAAAAGGGAUCAGGCACCCCUGGCUCCUCGGAGAUCACGUCGUUUGAAGGGAGAGGUGGCGCCAGAAGCUAAUGAGAAGGGCGAUGGGAAAGCACUCGCUCGUGUAGCGAAGCGACAGGGCGGUCGUUCGAAGGGGAAGAGCAUAGGAAAAUCCGAGGUAGAGUAG